AUGAGCACACUGACAAGACCCUGUCCAAAACACGGACCUCACUAUCUGUUACAUUCCGAAGCGAAUUUGGAUGAAUCCUAUGCCAUCCCACUACCAACAUCUGUAUAUACGAUAAACGAAAUGUUAGAAUCCGCGAACGCUACAUCUACACUGUCUAGGACCAGUAAUCAAGUGACCGGAGAGUAUCCUUUAAGUCUGGACACAAUUUAUCCCAAUCCGUCGAAUACGAGUACAAUUUUGAACAAAACUAUCUCUUGGGUGCCGUUACCGUUGAUCAAUGAGUCUGUGACCGGUCCUGUGAAUGCUGGUUUUAUUUACAUAGAUCCCCUGAAACCACUCGAACUGAAUAGUGACCAGAACGGAGAUCAAUCUGGUCGUCAGUGA